AUGGUCGUCGGAGAUCCAGCUCCAGAUGUGGCCGGUGGUACAGUUGAGCCCAGUUUUUCUGAUAGUGAAUAUUCGUUUGAAGACGAUAUUACCGACGAAGAGUUGGUUGGUAACCUUCUUCAUAAGAAACCGCAAAAAAGUAUUUACGCACAGUGUUGUAUAAUUCUGUGUGGUAUCCCUGUUGUUGGCGACGAUCGGUUUAAAAAACUGAAAAGCGUAUUAGGAAGAAUUUUUGUUCGCAUUAGCAGUGAAUAUAAUGAUCAUUAUCCUUUAGACGAAAACGGCCAAACUAAGGGAUGGUGUUUUGUUGAGUUCCCAUCUCCGGAAAUUGCGGAAAAUGCAACCGCAAUCUUGGAUGGGUACGUACUUGAUAGAGCUCACCAAUUUUCUGCCAAUCUUCUUGAAGACGUCGAUAAGUUUAAAGAGCCUGAUCCAAACUGGGAACCGCCGAAACCUACUCCCUACGUUCCAUUUGGUGACCUUUGGUCUUGGUUGCAAAAUGAGAAAUGUUAUGAUCAGUUUGCUGUCUUAUAUGACAAAGAAAUAGGUGACAAGAAGACAACGGAUAUAGCUCCUCAUGUAGGAGUUUAUGAGUUUAGGAAGGGGCAAGAUCCUCAGCUAGCAUCUGCAAAUAGCGAAAGAGUGAAUUGGACUGAAACCCACUUCAAAUGGUCCCCGCAUGGAACAUUUUUGACCAGUGCUCACGUGAAAGGCAUUUGCUUGUGGGCUGGAAAAGAUUUUAGCCGAUAUAAUCGUUUUCAGCACAAUAACGUCAUACUUGUAGACUUUUCCCCUUGUGAAACGUUUCUGGUAACAUAUGCCACACCAGAGAAUCGUUGGGUGGAAGAUAUUGAUUCACUUCGUAUUUGGGAAGUCCAAACAGGUGAAAUGCGGCGAGGUUUUUCUUUACUUCAUUUGCAGAGUGAUGACAACCAACUUUCUUGCUGGCCUUUUUUCCAGUGGUCGUACGAUGAGAAAUAUGUGGCUUGUUUUAAAGCGGGUGGUAAUGGCAUUAGUGUAUAUGAAACUGAAACUUUCAACUUAUUAGAAAAGAAGCACGUUACUUUAGAAGGUAUAUGUUUGUUCCAGUGGUCUCCUACACGUCCUAUACUUGCUUACUAUUGUGAGGAAAGGACUGCUGACAACGCCCCGGCAGAAAUUGGGAUUUUGGAAUUUCCAAAAAAGAAGAAGCUUAGAGCACAGAGGAUAUUUUCAGUUUCAAAGGCGGAUCUUUUUUGGAAUAAAAACGGAGAUCGACUAGCUGCUCAUACUGAAAGAUAUCAAAAAAAGAUUGUAAAAUCUACGCCUCAUGGAGUCCAGGAUAUUAAAUAUUCAAAACCUAGCUCACAUAUCGAGAUAUUUGACCUUCGUAGUAAGGAGAUUUCGGUGCUUUCUAUGCCAUUGAACGAGACAUAUGUUGCUUUUGGUUGGGAGCCUGCAGGUGACAAAUUUUGCGUGCUCGCAGGAACGCAACAUAAAACAACACCAUUAAUUUAUACACUGGAUAUGUCAAAACACGUUCCACAAUUAAUUUCUAAAUUUGAACCUUCAGAAAAGUUUAAUACCGUGUCUUGGGCUCCAGCUGGUGGUUGGCUUGUUGUUUACUCAGCAAGCUCCUCAUCAGGCGCUAUAAUGUUUAUUGAUAGUAACCGAGCAGAACCCACUCGCACUAAUAUUGUUGAAUAUCCGGGUUUCAAUAAGGGUAGUUGGGAUCCUACAGGACGUUAUUUCGUUGCGGCCUUUACAAUGGGAGGUGGACGAACAAGUGCAAGUAGUGAUACCGGUUAUCGCAUUUUUACAUUUCAAGGGAAAGAAUUGUUUAGGAAGAACUUAGACCGCAUGGUACAGUUUAAAUGGCGUCCCAGACCCCCAGUAAAACUUCCUGAUGAAACCAUAAAGUUGAUAAGGAAGAAUUUAAAAGAAACUUCGGCAAGGUUUGAGGAAGAGGACAAACGCGAAAGAGGACGGGCGUCACAGGAGGUGACUGAGAAACGUAGGAAAGUUAUGAAAGAAUUUAAUAAAAUUCGUGCGGUUUACAAGGAGGCGUAUGAUGGUGAAGCCCAAAUGCGUGCUUCUUUACGACGCAACUUAACGGAGCAGGAUCAAGAAUUGGAUGAGGAAACGAUAGCUGUUCCUUUGACUACCGAGAAGGUUAAAAUUCAAGAAACGAACGCAGAGGAGGAGUAA